ACUUUCAUGUUUGUCUCCAAAGCGGGCCAUCGUGAGCCCUGCCAGAGUGUUUUCCUCCAGGACCUCUCACCCAGUCUCUCACUCUUUCUCUUCUUUUUUUUUUAUUCUUUUCUUUUCUUUUCUUUUCUGUUCUUUUCUUGGAUUAGAUACCAUCCAGAUUGCCGCUGCCAUUCGAGCCUCUGACGCUAAUGACGGACAACAAACACAAUUUGAUCCUUGUCUUUUUUUUCUUUUCUGCUUUUUUCUUUUCUGUCCUCUUUCACUUUUUGAAUUCACACUCCCUUUGAAACUUCCCUCUCUCACUUUUUUUUUGCCUCCUCCUCACUACUCCCUCCCUCCCUUCCACCUUCUCCUCUCCCUCCCUCCUGUCUCCAGGCUCCUCGUAUGUUAGAGUUGCAGCAAAGCCUCACCGCCGACACUCUGCUCUGAGAGCGUCAGUGCAGGAGUGUGUGUGUGUGCGUGUGUGUGUAUGCAUAUGUUUUGAGCUUGCUCAUAUAUGCAUAUACAUAUGUAUACGUAUGUAUAUGCAUAUAAAUCUCUCGUCACUGGAGAACUUUUUUCCCUGUUUUUGAACUCACAGAACUCUUUUCAGGAGCAGUGGGCUUUAUCUGCUAUGUGAGACAGAGGAGAGGGAGACCCCCACGGUGCUGUGAUUUGACUAAACAAACAGCCGGGGUUCACAGAGAUACCUCCUCUGGCAGACUCCCAGGACACCAGAAGUUAACCUUCCAGCCCUCAGACCCCGAACAUCUGAGGCGUCCCUACAUCUCAGCCAGCAUCCCCCUUUGCAGAGACCACUGGCUGGAGACCGAUCCUCUGAUUUCAGGGGGAGACCGGCAAGUACACACGAAGUUGCCCCAGUGAAAGGGUAAAGGAGAGAGGUAGAGGGAAGACACACACUCUCAUGCUGGGAAACCUGACUAUGCUUUAGGAGCCAAGACAUUGAUGUGAUACUGAUAAUGCUGAAGAACAAAGGCGCUUUGGAGAUGUCCACCAUGGGGAGUGUGAAGGUGUCCACGCUCUAUCUGACAUUAAUAGUCACAGCUCUGCUGCAAAUCUGUCCUCAAGUAUGCUGCCUGGAGAUCACACCCAGCAACCCGGAGAUAAUCCUGGUUUCAGGCUCCUCGCUCACUCUCACCUGCUCCGGCUCAGGGAAUGUGAGCUGGGGGUUUAAGAGGGAAGAUGUGCCUUACUUCCAAAUGGAGCAUGCUCAGAAGAGAGACCCUACCUGGGGUCAGAACGCCCAAACUGUGAAGACCAGUGACAUGUCCAGUGUUUUGACCCUAAGCAAUGUAAGCUGGAAACAUACGGGGGUGUAUGAAUGCAUUGAAAACAUACACACUGAAAAAACCAAGGAGGUGGCUGUCUUUGUACCAGAUCCUGAGAUGUGGUUCAUCGAGAGCGCCCAUGGUAUGGUAACCAAGACCAGCGAGGUAGGCACCAUCCCCUGUGUGGUCACCAACCCCGGCAUCAACAUUACCCUGUAUGAGAAGGACACUGAUAUGCCUCUUAAGGGGAUCUAUGUCCCAAGCGAGGGGUACAAGGCACUGCUGGAGGACAGGACCUAUGUGUGCCGUGGGGAGCUAAACGGGGAGGUGAAAGAGUCCCAGGCCUUCUACGUCUUCAGUAUUGUUGUCCCCGAUGCUAUUGACGCCUACAUUAAUGCGUCAAAGACGGUGUUGAAGCAGGGGGAGCCUUUGACGGUCAACUGUACAGUCCACGGAGUGGAGUUAGUGUUCUUCUCCUGGGAGUACCCCAAUAAAGAAUCCAAGGAGAGCAAGAUUGAGCCACUGACAGACGUCCUGUCCACCAUGAGCAUGCGCUCCUGCCUGAUCUUCCCCCGCGCCACGCUGGCCCACAGCGGCAACUACAUCUGUCAUGUCCAUGAGGACGUCCAGGACCAGAGUGCCUCUGCCAACAUCAACAUCACCGUCCUUGAACGAGGCUUUGUGGAUCUGAGACCUGUUCAGAAGCCGAGUGUUUCUGCACAACUGCAUGAAAAUGUGGAGCUAAGAGUCGAGAUUGAGGCUUACCCAUCACCUCAGGUCCACUGGAGCAAAGAUGGCGCCACCAUUAAAGGAGAGAAAACCAUCACCAUGAGGCAGGAGCAUGAGACCAGGUACGUCAGUAUUCUGACCUUGGUGAGGGUGAGGAUGGACCAGAAGGGCCUCUACACUAUUCUUGUCACCAACGGAGAUGACACAAAGAACGUGACCUUUGACCUGGAGGUUCAAGUUCCCUCCCAGAUUAAAGACCUGACUGACCACCACCUCCCAGGGAAGAAACACUUGGUGACCUGUGAAGCUGAAGGGGUCCCAUCCCCAGUCAUUCAGUGGUACAGCUGUGACAGCAUGCUCAAGUGUAGCAACGGGACCACCCUUUGGCAGCCCCUCAUACUGGACCCAGAAACCCUCAGCAUCCACACCAACAUUAGCUACAAUGCGACCCGUAAAAUUAACCAGGUUCGGAGCCAAGUGACCUUCCACAAGCCCCAGCAGGUCACAGUCCGUUGUGAGAGCAGCAAUCAGGGAGGUUUUGACAGACGAGAUGUCAAACUGGUGUCCCACACGCUAUUCUCCCAGGUGGCAGUAUUGGCUGCUGUUCUAGCGCUGGUUGUCAUCAUCAUUAUUUCCAUCAUCAUCCUCAUCGCUGUAUGGAGGAAGAAGCCUCGCUAUGAAAUCAGAUGGAAGGUUAUUGAGUCGGUGAGCCUGGAUGGUCAUGAGUACAUCUAUGUGGACCCCAUUCAUCUGCCUUAUGACUUGGCCUGGGAAAUGCCCCGAGACAACCUGGUGCUGGGUCGUACUCUUGGAUCAGGAGCCUUUGGCAGGGUGGUCGAGGCAACUGCGCAUGGUCUCAGUCAUUCUCAGUCUAGCAUAAAAGUGGCAGUGAAAAUGCUGAAAUCCACCGCCAGGAGGAGUGAGACGCAGGCUCUGAUGUCUGAGUUGAAGAUCAUGAGUCACCUGGGUCCUCACCUCAACAUUGUAAACCUUCUAGGUGCCUGCACUAAACAGGGUCCUCUGUACCUGGUGACGGAGUACUGCCGCUAUGGUGACCUGGUGGACUACCUGCACAGAAACAAGUACACCUUCCUGCAGUACUACGCUGAGAAGACCCAAGAGGACUCGGGCUGCCGCAUCUCUGGAGGGAGCACCCCUCUCAGCCAAAGGAAAGGCUACGUGUCUUUCGGCAGUGAGUCCGAUGGAGGCUACAUGGAUAUGAGUAAAGAUGAGCCCUCAGUCUACGUACCCAUGCAGGAGCAGAAAGACUCCAUCAAAUAUGCAGACCUCCAGCCAUCCCCCUAUGAGUCUCCUUACCAGCAGGACCUCUACCAGGAGCAAGGUGGAGUCAGGGUGGAGUCAGCUAUGGUCAUCAGUGACUCCCCAAUUCUCAGCUACGAUGAUCUUCUGGGCUUUAGCUACCAAGUGGCAAAGGGCAUGGAGUUCCUCGCCUCUAAGAAUUGCGUCCAUCGCGAUCUUGCAGCCAGGAACGUGUUGAUCUGUGAGGGUAAACUGGUGAAAAUCUGCGACUUUGGCCUGGCAAGAGACAUCAUGCAUGACUCCAACUACAUCUCAAAGGGCAGUACCUUUCUGCCGCUGAAGUGGAUGGCACCAGAAAGUAUCUUCCAUAACCUCUACACCACUUUGAGUGAUGUGUGGUCAUAUGGCAUCCUCCUCUGGGAGAUCUUUACCUUGGGAGGAACUCCCUACCCUGACCUGCCCAUGAAUGAGCUGUUCUACAGUGCCUUGAAAAGAGGCUACCGAAUGGCCAAACCCAAUCAUGCAUCUGAUGAGGUUUAUGAAAUCAUGAAAAAAUGUUGGGAUGAGAAGUUUGAAAAGAGACCUGAGUUCUCCUUUCUGGUCCACACCAUGGGGAACCUGCUGACGGAAAGCUAUAAAAAGAGCUACAGUCAGGUCAAUGACAGCUUCCUGAAGAGUGACCACCCGGCAGUUGCCCGCACCAAACCCAGAAUGUCCUCUCCCUUUCCCAUGGUCAACCCAGCCUUUGGUCCUUCCUCCCCCUCUGCUCUCUCCAUCCCCCCUGAUCCAUAUAACCAUGACCCUGUCAAUGAAGACUUCAGACAAGAAGAAGAAAGAGAGGAAGUUAUUACUUCGUACAACGAGUACAUCAUUCCCAUCCCGGACCCCAGGCCUGAGGAAGUGCUCACAGAUGCAGACAUGCCAUCAGAAAGCCCCACAAGCUCUCUGGCUCUGGAGGAAGAGACUGACUCCAUGUCUGAGGACACAGCUGAGACCCUUCCAGAGGAGGACCGGCUGGAGGAAGCCAGCGAAAGAGAUGCACUUCUGGGCUCCUCCGGGUCUCCUGAGAUAGAGGACAGCUUUCUGUAGCCUGAUGUUGCAAGACUGAGAAAAUAGAUCAUAUUUCUGGGAAAUAAUUCCUGCUGGUUUUUAGAAUUCCUCACAGAGGGAGUGCAACAGAAAAAGAGAAUGUAGCCAGCUUUAUAAACUUCAGUAAGCGCUCAUCAUUAAUGGUGUAUACCCCUCUUUUGAGCUUGAGUAUUACAGAUAGUACUUCUGGCGCUACAGCAUCACUAGAAAUCGAGAAUACAGCGUCAAAGCUCAAUUUGUUCUUGGCUAGACCUUGUGUAAAUAUGUUGCUCUCAUAAUACUAGCUGAAUUUGUUGAAACCUAUGGGAUUAGAGAUCUUUGAUUUAAAAUUGCUCUGAUUUAGGCAAACUAUAUCAUUUUUGUUUAUCAGUGCUUUAUGUAGAAAUGCUUAAACAUGAAUUUCAUCUUAUCGCCUUCUUUUUUGUAGAUAUUGUAACUUUCCACAACUGUUGAUGUCUGCAGUUUUAAAUAGAUAGUUCCAUACAUUCGAAGUUGCCGGCAGUUGCAUUCAGCAUAGUGUUUCUUCAUUCAGUGUUAUUUUCAUCAAGCGUUGUCCUUUAUGCAUUAUAUUCGGAAUAUGACAAUAUGGAAAAAUUCUAGAUGCACUGUUAUGUUUGAGGUUUAGCUUUCAUUUGAAUUACACAUACAGACUGAAUGUUUUGUGUGGAGUAAUUCACAUAGAUUUGAACCCGUUUUGCACUUUAUUAGGUUUAGGAAAACAAACAUUUGCAUUAAAAACACAAAACGUAGGCAUCCGGGUGGCAUAGCGGUCUAUUCCAUUUCCUACCAAUACGGGGGGAUGGCUGGUUUGAAUCCCUGUGUUACAUCCAGCUUGGUCAGGCGUCCCUACAGACACAAUUGGCCAUGUCUGUGGGUGGGAAGCUGGAUGUGGGUAUGUGUCCUGGUCAGUGCACUAGCGCCUCCUUUGGCCGGUCAGGGCACCUGUUUGGGGGGGCUGCUGGGGGAAUACCAUGAUCCUCCCAUGUGCUACGUCUCCCCGAUGAAACUUCUCACUGUCAGAUGAAAAGAAGCGGCUGGCGAUGCCACAUGUAUUGGAGGAAGCAUGUGGUAGUCUGCAGCCCUCCCCGGAUCGGCAGAGGGGGUGGAGCAUUGACCGGUACGGCUCGGAAGAGUGGGGUAAUUGGACAGGUCCAAUUGGGGAGAAAAAGGGGGGAAAAUCCAAAAAAAAACAAAAACACAAAAGGUACUUUGUAUAGAGACAGAAUGAUAAAACAGUCAUCAGGGGGGGUCCUGAUUUAGAUAUGUAGGCAAAAUUAAUACUGACACUAAGUUCUUUUAUGAUGACAUUUACUGACCUUAGAAAUAAAUAUUCCAGCAUAUCACUGCCUUAUCACAAGAUGCAUCAAAACUGUACCUUUGUAUUGAACAGGUGUGAAUGAAUUUGUCUUUCAGCUAUCGGGUAUUUUUGCUUGCUGAGGAAAGGGUAUGAAGGGCUAGUAUGUUAGUAUCCUCAUGUCUCAGUUGUGUAUGUGUACAUUUGCAUUUCGACGUCACUUGCAUUGUUUAAUAUUCACUCACCAUGGUACUGUUUUCAUUUCUUACACUACCAUUUACAAAAAACAAUGUUAUGCUUACUUGUUAUUGUUGUUAUACAAUUUAGAGGGCAGAAGAUUACAAACUGUGUCACAAGCUACGGUACCAAAGUGUCUCAAACGUUUACAAAUGUAUUUUUAUAUGCGGUAUUUUAUAUGAUCCAAAUGUCACAAUAAAUUGUUAUCAGUGUUUU